AUGGAGCAGGUUCCUUCAGAGAAGUCGGAAUCCUUUGCAUCCAUGUUGAGACGUUCUCCUUUAAUUCAGAUGGGACCUGCCAAAGAUAAAAUUGCCAUUGGUCGAAUAUUCCAUGUUGUAGAAGAUGAUCUUUAUAUAGAUUUUGGUGGCAAGUUUCACUGUGUGUGCAAAAGACCAGAAGUAGAUGGAAAAAAAUAUCAGAGAGGAACCCGAGUACGCCUGAGACUGCUGGAUCUUGAACUCACGUCUAGGUUCUUGGGCGCAACAACUGAUACAACGUUGCUGGAAGCCGAUGCCGUGCUUUUAGGGCUUGUGGAAAGCAAGCAAACAAAGCAAAAGGAAUAA